GAAGUCCCACCCACGCUAAUUCUAAAUUGGUCGUGUUUCAUAAAACGGGAAAUACAACGGGAAAAAUACUAUAUAACGUUAGUAGUUUAAUUGGUUUAAUUUCAGCGACGAACCAUUAUAUUAAACAUAAUGAGUAAAUACAAACUGAUUCAAUAUGCUAUAAACUGGUAUUUUUUACUCCGGUGCUGCCACAAUUACGUCAAGUGAUGCUGGAACAGCACAGGCUACGAUCUCGCAGAAAAACACUCAAAAGAACGGCAAUACAACCGAGAGAGAUGGGAGAGAUUCCUGCAGACAGCAACAAAAAGCAUGACCAGAAGGGCCCAGACGCUGCCACCUGGUUCCACAGCUACAUGCACGGGGGGACAUCCAGCCUCAUCUCAACUCUCACCACCCUUGUCACCUUCCCUGUCUACAAAACAGUAUUCCGCCAGCAGUUGCACAGCACGUCAGUCCGUGGCGCCGUGGCCCAGCUGUACGCGGAAGGGCCAUGGAAGCUGUACCGAGGUGUGGUGCCACCUCUACUGAUGAGAACCCUUAAUGGGACCCUCCUGUUUGGCCUCCAGGGCACCCUCCUGGAGCAGCUCUCUUUUUGGUCCAAGUCUGUCUUCCCCAGGGAGGCACUUCAAGCGCUGGCUGGCCUGGGCACAGCAGUGGCCGAAGCCCUUGUUUUCACCCCCUUUGAACGCGUGCAGAACGUGCUGCAAAACAGCGGAAAUGACCGCAGCCUUCCCACCCUCAGGAGCAUCCUGGUCCGGCUGAGCCAGCAAACAUUAGCAGCUGGGUACUACAGAGCUUUACUGCCAAUACUCGUACGCAAUGCCUUAGGCAACAGCCUGUACUUUGGCCUGAAGGAUCCCACGUCCAGUGCUUUAAGAGAUCAUGGAUUUUCUCCUUUAGCCUCUUCCUUCACGUCGGGUGUGGUGAACUCCAUAAUGAUCAGUUUGCCUUUCUACCCACUUUCUGUGCUGGUGGCCAACAUGCAGGCUCAGGUUGGUGGGGAGAGUGUGGGGGUGAGGGCCAGUGCACUGCAGCUGUGGCAGGCCCGGCAACGCCGUGUUGCCCUACUGUACCGUGGGGGACUGCUGGUUGUGCUCCGCUCGUGCAUCACUUGGGGCAUCACCACUGCCAUAUAUGACCAGCUGGAGAGGCGCACAGGCUGAGGAGCUCUAUCACCAGGAAACUCCUCCCUUCCUCCAGAUUCAUCAUUAUUAGGUUCCAGGGAUCUUCUCUAUUAGUCUAAAUAAUCUGAUAGUGACCAAAUAAUCUGGUAUCACAUGGCUAAGAAUUUGGUAAAGCAUUAUUGACUAUAAUGCUGCUGUUUUUGUUUUUUCUAUUAAAUGAAUACAAGUGCACGUAAUGUAUAUGAAACUAUUACUUAUGGUAUUGCAUGAGCAUUCCAGGUUAUAUGAAUGCGUGCGCGCGUUGAUGAAGGAGCUC